UAGUCAUCAGUCUUAUUAUAGUCUACUCGUACUGCUUACACUUAAUCUUCCCACAUACCAGUAUACCGUGUCAGUUUGUUGAGGGGUUUGGAUACUCGACUUCAACAGUUUAUGAUAUAUCCUUCUGCCAAUGAUGUCGCUGGUCUCGUUGUCAUCCAGGAGAUCAUGGAUUGUUAUCAUCGUUGUCAUCGUUCUUCAUGUUCUUGUCGAGGCCGAGCCACAGCCACCGGGCUAUUUUUCCGACCAAAAUGUGUCAAACGAUUCUACCGUAACUGGGCAAAGACAGCGAUUUUCGUGCGUGAGGAGCGAUUUGACAUUUGGCAUUGAUGACGUAUGCGAUGGACGGGUCAGUUGCCCUUAUUGGGAUGAUGAAUAUAUUUGCGAUAACAAUGGCUGUAGCUUGGACGAAUACAAGUGUGACUAUGGCAAUUCGUUUGAGUGUGUUCCCUUGAUCUCAGUUUGCGAUGGCUUCUCUGACUGUGAGCUGGACAUCGAUGAGUCACUAUGCGAUCCUCUGGCCGAUUGUGUGCCGUCGUGCCAGUGUUCUGCCUACAGUAUAUCUUGUUACGAUCAUAGCGUUCUCGAGGAUAGAGACAUUUGGAAGUCAGCAAGAUAUUUGAAUUAUCUUGGCGCAUACACGAACGGAACAAAACUUCCCCUGUCGAUGCCAUUCGAAGUGAGCGAAUAUCCACUCUUGACACAGCUGCUUAUCGGCGAAACUGGCCUGAAUGAAAUUGUUCGGGCUGACUUCGAGAAUUUGACAGAGCUAAUCAUUCUGGAUUUAUCUUAUAACACUAUAUCUCGGAUCGAGGAUCUAACUUUCAACAGUUUGAAUAAGCUGGCAAAGUUGCAUUUAACAUAUAAUGCUAUCAGCUCCUUGUCGAAUAGUACCUUUACUGGAUUGAUUAGCUUGGCGUCAUUGGAUUUGUCUCAUAACGUUAUAAGAUCAUUGUCGAGCGGGGCGUUUGCGGGCUUGACUAGUCUGCGGGAUAUAAACCUAGAAUAUAAUGCCAUUUCUCGGAUUGAGGCCUUCACAUUUGCUGAUUUGAAUAAAUUAACAUACUUGGAUUUGCAAAACAAUGAGAUCGAAUCAUUGUCUAAUCACUCCUUCAUCGGAUUGACAAGUCUGAGAAACAUAAACUUGAGGUAUAACAGGAUUGGCGUUUUACCAACGGGAGUUUUCAGAGAUCUACAUAGUAUUAAUGACUUAGACCUUCACUUUACAGGAAUCGAAGAACUGAAGCCGGGAUGUUUUCAAGGAAUGGAUAUACUGAAGAAUUUGAAGCUGAAUGAGAACAGCAUCAAUCUACUGCAGUCUGGAACAUUUAUGGGACUUGGGAAUCUUGUAAAUUUAUUUCUUUCUCAUAACAACAUUUCCGACAUUGCUAUCGGUGCCUUUGGAGGUCUGCAUUCUCUUCGGUUUCUUGAUCUGGAAUAUAAUAACAUCAGAGAAACACGAAAGGGGAUAUUUGAUGAUCAAUUCAAUCUAGCUUGGCUGUCUUUCACCUACAACCCACUAGAAGACAUUGAACCAGGAACCUUCCGGAAUCUGAGUCGGUUAGAGAAUCUAAAUAUGGUGAAUGUCCAGUUGGAAAAUCUCCAGGCGGAUACUUUUACAGGGAUCCAGUCUCUAAAAGGACUGUCAACUGAUGACUACAGGCUUUGUUGUUUAUUCGAAGAGACUGAUAACUGCAGUAUCAUAACCACAACUUUCCUCGAUUCCUGUUCCCGCCUCAUGCCGAACACUUUCUUGCGGAUAUCCCUUUGGGUCAUUGGUUUGGGCGCCCUCAUCGGCAAUAUAACAGCUCUUGCUUUGCGGUGCCGUAAAGAUGAUUCACCCAGCGCAAAGACUCAAGGUUUAUUCAUUACGAACCUAGCCAUCGCAGAUUUCCUCAUGGGAGUCUACAUGAUAAUCAUAUCGUCAGCAGAUGCGUACUUUGGGGAAUAUUUCUUUCUCGUCGCAGAGCAAUGGCGUGGCUCCAUCGCUUGCAAAUUCGCUGGAUUCAUAGCUUUUCUGUCCAGUGAAACCUCCGUCUUCAUCCUUGCGAUCAUUACGAUAGAUCGGGUCCUCUGUGUUGUAUUCCCGUUCGGUAAAAUUAAGUUUCGAGCUACUUCUGCUCGCGUUGGUGUGGCGUUAAUCUGGACCACAUCUUUUGUCGUGAGCAUCGUUCCUUUGAUCCUAAGUUCCUACGUCAGUGGUUUUUAUGGCCUAUCAGAUGUAUGUAUGGGACUUCCACUCAAUGUCGAAUCAAAAGCAUCGGGUGAACUAAUGUAUAAUACAGUGAGUCGAGUGUGGGAAUUCGUCGCUACUUCUGAUACAUCGGAGGGACCGAGUUGGGCUUACUCAAUCGCCAUAUUCCUCGGUGUGAACUUUUCAAUCUUUAUCCUCAUUCUAAUCUCUUACGUAGUCGUAUUUGUGUCCGCUCGAAGGUCGGCACGGAGUGUGGCCAGUAAGGGAGCAGGCAGCUCUGCUGACCGCGCCCGUGAAGUGAAGCUGGCCAUACGAAUGUCUGUGAUAGUCCUGACUGAUUUCUUUUGCUGGAUGCCAGUCAUCAUCAUGGGUAUUCUUUCUCAGUCUGGUGCAGUGACCCUCCCGGUGUCGCUCUAUGCUUGGAGUGUGGUCUUUAUCCUACCAAUUAACGCAUCUAUCAAUCCAUACAUAUACACCUUUAUCGCAUUAUGCGGUGGCUCGAAGAAGAAACCUGCAUCAAAGUCGUCGAAAUCGUCAACGUCGUCAUUAAUGUCCUCUUGGACAUCAUCGUCAUCUUGGAUUUCAAGGUGGUAUUCUUCGAAAAAAUCGUCUUCGUCAACAAAAUCAUCUUCGUCAUUUUCAUUGUCAAAGUCAAAGUCGUCUUCAAAGACCGCACAGUCUACCGCCGCGAAUAAUGCACCAGAGUAAUAGGACAUCAUCGGAGGGAGUCCAGAUGUGAGGUCGGAUCUUCUUGUACAUCGUUGUUUCCAUAAACCAAAUCCUGUUCUUUUUCAUCCUAUAAGUACUUGAUAGAACCAAGCCUUCUUUUCCAUGGUCUCCUUUGGACCCUAUUCACCGUCUCUGGGUUUCUAAACUACAUCGACUCACAUCGUUCAUCUUUAAUUGGGUCUCCAUGCAUAUACCAUAUAUCCAAGCCCUUUCUCUUUCAUCUUGUCAUUUCAUCCAUCACCUUUUCUUCGUUUUGUAAGAACAAUGUUUUCUAUCCAAUCCGGGUUGUCCUCUAAAAUAUCUCAAACAUAUCACCCCUAUCACUAUAAGUGUCUUAGUCUCUGUGCUCUUUACAACUCUCGUCACUCCUAUUGGUCAGUUGCAAUUUACCUGUCACUCUUCAUGUCUAAAGACAGAGGAAAGAUGGUUCCUUUACCAG